CAACUAAACCGUUAUUGUAACGCCGUCGAACAUGCCAACCACUACUGCCAAUUCUGCUCAGAUUGGCACCUCGACUAAGCCCUUGGUCCCGAAGGAACAAAUCAAAGGCGACGAUGAUGCCACCGUGGAUGUCACGGAGGCCACUAAAGAGCUGCUUACUUCCGAUGAUUGGAAGAGUAAAAUUGAACGCCCCACCGCCGAUACUCGCGUGAAGACUACUGAUGUUACUGCUACUAAGGGUAACGACUUUGAGGACUACUUUUUGAAGCGCGAGUUGCUUAUGGGUAUCUUUGAGAAGGGUUUUGAGAAGCCCUCACCUAUUCAGGAGGAGUCUAUCCCUCCAGCUUUGGCCGGUAAGAAUAUUCUUGCUCGUGCUAAGAAUGGUACUGGUAAGACCGCCUCAUUCCUUAUCCCUAUGUUGGAGAAGGUUAAUACCGACAUCACUGAUGGCAUUCAAGGACUUGUCCUCGUACCUACCAGAGAAUUGGCUUUACAGACAUCUGCUGUUGCCAAGGAGCUUGGCAAGUAUAUGGAUGCUCAAGUUAUGGUUACCACUGGUGGUACUUCUUUGAGGGAUGAUAUUAUGCGUUUGUACAACACGGUGCAUAUCCUUGUUGGUACUCCUGGACGUGUUCUGGAUCUUACCAACAAGGGCGUUUGCUCUUUGAGUGAUACUUGCACUAUGUGUGUGAUGGAUGAGGCUGAUAAACUUUUAUCCCCCGAAUUCCAACCUGUUGUCGAAGAAUUGGUGCGGUUCCUACCCAAGGAGAAGCGUCAGAUUCUCAUGUUCUCUGCCACCUUCCCGGUUACCAUAUUGGACUUCAAGAAUAAGUAUAUGCCCGAUGCUGUUGAGAUCAACCUGAUGGAAGAGCUCACUUUGAAGGGUGUUACCCAGUUCUAUGCCUUCGUUGAGGAACGUCAGAAGGUUCACUGCUUGAACACUCUUUUCUCCAAGUUGACUAUCAAUCAGGCUAUCAUCUUCUGCAACUCCGUCACUCGUGUCGAAUUGUUGGCCAAGAAGAUCACCGAGCUCGGUUUCUCAUGCUUCUAUAUCCACGCUAGGAUGUAUCAGUCUCACAGAAAUCGUGUAUUCCAUGACUUCCGUAAUGGUGCCUGCAGAUGCUUGGUGUCCUCUGAUCUAUUCACUCGUGGUAUCGAUAUCGAGAAUGUCAAUGUGGUUAUCAACUUUGAUUUCCCCAAGAACUCUGAGACUUAUCUACAUCGUAUCGGUCGUUCCGGCCGCUUUGGUCACUUGGGAAUUGCUAUCAAUAUGCUCACUUAUGAUGAUAGGUUCAACCUUUAUAGAAUUGAGCAUGAGUUGGGAACCGAGAUCAAGCCCAUCCCUAGCCAUAUCGAUGAAGCUCUAUAUUGCUAAAUACGUAGUUAGCGGCCUUAAGUCUCGAGUGUAUUGGAAAGACAGUCUGGUCCCUAUCAUCUCAAAGGGGGUUCCUUGAUUUCAAUGCCUCUUGUCUAUAAUCAUCUAUAUGUCUCGAAGUGAUUAAGGGGUGUUUCGAGGAGGAUGUUGAUCGAGACGCC